AUGGCUAUUCUUUAUUCUGAGGCACUGCGGCUGAUUCAAGCGGAGGCUCAGCGACAUCGCAACGCCUUUUUGGCGGAUGGGGAGCAUGUUCCCAUCGGUCAGGCACGGGAUCGCAUUUCUCGCGAGACCGUAACUAGUACCAUAUCGACUCCCAAGUUCGAUACCUCGGCUAUGGAUGGGUAUGCACUGAGUUCGUCUGCGACGCAGGAUGCAACCAUCGACCACCCAGUGACAUUUGAAGUGAAAGGCAUGAUCGCUGCGGGAGAUGAGCCUUUGUGGAUAGCCGCCGAUGAACAAUCGGGGACGCCUGUCUGCGUCGAGAUCAUGACAGGGGCUCCCUUUCCGACUGGCGUGGGUGGUAAUGAACUGGACUGCUGCGUGCGAAACGAGGAUGUGGCAGUCACCGUGGACGAAACGUCUAACCGUCGCUAUAUUCGAGUCGUUAAGCCAGCGAAAACGCAGCAGAACCGAAGGUUUGCAGGAAGUGACUUCAAGAAAAGUGACAUCCUCGUCGACGCGGGAGAGGUAAUCCAUCCGGGCCACAUCCUGUCGAUGGCAUCGGUUGGAAUGACCCAGAUUGCCGUCACACGCAAGCCUCGGGUGGCUGUUGUCUCUACUGGCUCCGAGCUGUUGCCUCCUGGGCUUGAUCAAUCGCCCUUACAUCGGAUCAGCGACGCGAAUGGACCCUAUCUUACUGCGACCUUGGAGAGUUGGGGUGCUACAGUGGAUUUUUUGGGGAUUAUCCAAGAUCAUGCUGAGGACCUGGAACAGGCUCUAAGGUUGACCCUGGGGCAGAAGGCAUACGAUGUGAUCAUCACCUCUGGGGCUGUUUCUGCCGGACGAUGCGACUUGAUUCGUCGAUUGAAUGCUCGAGUGGUGUUUCACAAGGUCGCCAUGAGGCCAGGCCAUCCAGUACUGUUCGCCCAGAUUCCCGAUUCUUCGAACACUGAUGGACAUCUCCGGAGAGAAACCGCGUUCUUUGGCUUGCCUGGAAACCCAGUCGCCAGCGCUGCCUGCCUGCGCUUCUUGGUCCUUCCAUACCUGAAAUACCUACAGCUGCAGCGACCAGACGAUCCAUCGAGUGCAUCUCUUCUCCUUCCCGACGACGCUGAAACUGCCACCACCAAAGAGCAUCCGGUAGUCUCUACAUUUUGCGGCGACAUGGACGUUUUUCGGCCGGCAUUGGUCCGCGGCUCGUCAGGCCAUGUGCAGGUAAAGCUCAUACAGGAUCACAGUCCAGGGAAGAUCAGGCCUUUUCUGCAUUCGAAUUGUUGGAUCCAUAUCCACCGAGGCGUUUCCGAGUUGAAGGCAGGUGACAUUGUCGACAUCUAUCCCAGCCACUGA